GCCCAGCGGGGCUUCUUGGUCGGCAGGAACUUUCUUAAUUAUAUCACGCUGCUUGACGCAUAUGCGAGGGCAUGUGGUUUUCAGAGUAAAUAUGAGCACCCAGUCGUGGUCCUAUAUGAUUUCGGGGAUGCCUUCCCCUCGCUCGAGACCGAGUGGCUUCUCAAGUCGCUCUCUCACGCUGGGGUGGAGGGCGGCAUUUUCGCGCUGCUGGCUUCUCUAUAUUGGCUGCCGACGCCAUAUGUUCAGGUUGCUGGCUUACAGCAGCACUUCCUUUGUAUCACCUGUGGACCUGGCGCAAGGAUGUCAGUCCAGCGGCGCGCUCUGGGCAAUUGCGAUGAACCAUUCGUGAAGGCGAUGCAGGUUUUACUUCGUCCGUGCUGCCGCUCUGCGGUUGGUGUCUGUGCCGAUAAUGUGGGCGCGACUCUGCAGCAGCGGGCCCUCCUGAAGGGCAUGUGGCACGUCUUUCGGUCAGCUGACGUCCUGGGUGGUCUCAGGCUCAAACUGCACAAGUGCGUCACCAUUCCACUGGGGGGCGAAUUCUCGCCUGAGCUGGAAAAGGACAUGCGACAGUGUCUGAUGGCUCGCGUUCCUUCGUGGGCUGCCAUGAGUGUUGCUGCCUCUGGUGAAUACUUGGGUGUGCAGGUGGGCCCUGCGGCUGACGAGCACAGCAUCUGGCGCAAGGCGGCGGCCAAGUGGACAUUGCGAGUGCUGGAGUUGGCCAG